GGCCCCGUGACUCAGGCUCUCUGAAGGGACCGGCCCCGCUUCUUGGCAUUCACCGGGAAAGGGGGGUGGAGGGGGCCUGGCGGGGUGGGGGCUAGGUGGUGACAUCACAGUGGAAGGGUAUAAAAGCUUCGAGCCAAAACAGAAUUGAAAUUGAGGACACUGACAAAACCUGCCCGCAAGCCUGUGCUCCCGGGGUCGCCCCGGCCUCACGCCCACAGACCACUGGUAGGAGAUUUGCACCGCGGUGAGACCUCUCGGCUGACUCCAUGCCGGGCUCUCCCUGCCUUCUGUGUCUCCUGGCUGUCACCUUCUCCUUAGUUCCCAGAACGCGGCCCUUGGCCCCUCAAGAUCUUAUGGAAGAGGAGGAAGAUGAGACGUCCCGGCCACCCCUGCCGCCUGUCCUCUGUGACUACGACAGCUGCCGGCACCUGCAGGUGCCAUGCAAGGAGCUGCAGAGGGCUGGGCCCAGAGCCUGCAUGUGCCCUGGGCUCUCCAGCCCUGCCCAGCCGCCUGCCCCGCCGCGCCUAGGAGAAGUGCACGUGGUGGCCGAGGACGGAAGCGCAACGGUGCACUGGUGUGCUCCCUCCUCGCCCGUCCACCGGUACUGGUUGCUGCUUUGGGAAGACCGUGAGGCCACCUGGAAGGGGCCCCCGCUCAACUCCACGGUCCGCAGAGCAGAACUGAAAGGACUGAAGCCCGGGGGAGAUUACGUCGUUUGCGUGGUGGCUGCCAACGGGGCUGGAGAAAGCAGUGUGCCUGGGACAGGUGGGGAGGGCCUCGAGGGGGUGGGUGGCCCGACUUUCGGGCCCUGCGGCAGGCUGGCCGUGCCCCCCAGACCCAUUACCCUGGUGCACACAGCCAUCGGGGUGGGCACGGUGCUGGCCCUGCUGACCUGCUUAGCUCUGGUCUGGCAUUUCUGCUUGCGUGAGCGCUGGGGCUGCCCCCACCGGCCGGCCUCCCAGCCUGCAGUAGGGCUCUGAAGCAGCCUGGGGGGCCUCUUGGGGCCCAGCUGAACCCAGGCUUGGAGAGGAGAGCUUAGCCUGGGUUUCCUGGGAGGAGGCGGCUGCUGCUGCUGCCCUGAGCAGUCCUGGGGUUGGGGGGCUGUUGAGGGGGAUGCGUGGGGAGUAGAAGGCCAGGAGCCUGAGGCCCUAUCUGAGUCUCAGUGCUCAGCCUCAGAACUUGUUCAGGUUC